AUGGAGGAUAAACCACGGCGGAUAUAUCGUAAAUCCAAAAGUGAGGAAGUUGUGGCGAACAAGCUGCCGCCACCGACCCCAUCAACGACGACAGCAACGGCGAAAAUGCCGCCUCCGCCAUCGACGACGACAGCAACGGCGAAAAUGCCGCCGCCGCCUCCGCCAUCAACGACGACAGCAACGGCGGCAAUGCCGCCGCCGCCUCCGCCAUCAACGACGACAGCAAAUGCGGCAAUGCCGCCGCCGCCUCCGCCUCUGCCAUCGACACCGAUGUCAACGACGAUGACGCCACCGCCGCCGCCACCGACACCGCCACCGACACCGUCGCUACCACAAAGCAAGGAGAGAAAGCGAGCGAGCGCAAUGCAUAAGAUCGCAAAUCAUGUGGUGCGUCGAGCGCUGCAGAACCAGCGGAGAAACCUUGGGAAAAACAUGAAGUACGCCGGUGGAGUACAAGCGCAGCCAGCGUAUACUCCACCGACGGCGUACACGCCGCCACAGCCAGCAUACACGCCGCCACAGCCAGCAUACGCGCCCCCAUACGCGCCUCCAUACGCGUCCCCAUACGCGCCCCCAUACGCGCCGCCAUACGCGACGCCAUACGCGCCGCCGUACGCGCCCCCAUACGCGCCCCCAAUCCUAACACCACUCUUCCAGAAAAUCCUGAUUUUACCAUACUAA